GCGUCGCUCAACACCAUGUUACAAUGGGAGUCAUAUCCUUGAAGCUUUCCUUUCAUCUCUCUUGCACCCCUCAAUUUCACCAACACAAACUCAUCUAAUUGGUAACGGAUUAAGUCAAGUGGCUCUUGCUGCUGUUGUUGUGGCUCUGUGUGAACUGUAGACAUUGUGCUUUUAUGGUUAUUGAGUCAGUCUGGAUCUAUGCACGAGUCUGUGGCCAAACUCUCGAUUCUGUUGGAGGAGUUCUGAUGUCGCAGUAAGUCGCGUGAAUGUCGUGCUAAAAUUUUUCAUGCACUCAGAAUACAGUUAUAUCAGUAACGGGAGCACUUGAUCAAACAGGCUCGUAAUUGAAGUAUGAGUAUCCACACCUCCGUAAGAACACUCCUGAGUAGUGUGAUACGUCUUGCACGUAGCAAGCCGUUGAGAUUUGGAGACUUAAAGAACGUGAAAUUGAGAGAGCCAAUCGUGCCAACCCACAAGAACUUCGAUGUUUCUCCAGACCAUCCAUUAUGGGCCUUUUUCCCCCAAGGAAGCAGCACUGAAACUGCUUUGAGAAACACUGAACAGUUGGACACCACUUCUAGAGAAUGGACCAUCGCAGAAUUGAGAAGAAAGUCUUUUGAUGAUUUGCAUAAAUUGUGGUACCUUGUCUUAAAAGAAAGAAACAUCGUUGCAAGAGAAGUCAGAUUAGCCGAGUCCUUAAGAUACAAAAAGAUAGAUCAGCACAACGAGCUCGAUGGCAAAUUAAUGGAAACUCAAAAGAGAAUCAAGAGAGUCUUGUUAGAAAGACAAGUUGCAUAUGAAAGAGUUCAAACCUUCACAUCGGAACAACAAGAAUAUUUGAAUGAGUUUGAGGAAAGAUAUGUCAACAGCUCUGAAGCCGAAGUGGGUGCUUUCAAUGAAAAGCUUGUCAGAUUGCAAUACGCAUUUUUUGGAAUUCAACCACAAUUGGAAGACUACAACUUGAAUGAGGAUAUCAAUGUGAAGUUCGUGCAAGGAUUAAGUUACGUUGCUAACCUCAAGGCUAGAAAGUUUGCCACACAAAACUCUGACGAAUCUUUGUUGCCAUUGAACGGAGUUAUGGAAGAACUUCCUUUCUUGUUACGUGACACUGAAGAAGCAGUCGCUGAAGUCAAGGAAUUAAGAGAGUCUGGCCAAUCUGUAGUUCUUGACAAGAUUGAUGUUUUCCCAUUCUUGAGAAAUGCUCUUGAAUCAUUCAUUCAAGAAUCUACCCAAUCACAUAGUUAAACCCAUCUGUACAUAAAUUUCAUCCCAGGUAUUAGUAAUGAUAGCAACUUAUGUAGAAGCAGCUUACUGGUUUUCAGAAGCUAAAAUCACUGCCGGAGACUUCCUAGCACACACUAUU